UGUUUAUAAAUGUAAAUAACUGAUAUGUUUUGAAGUUUAUACAUUAUUUUUUGCAGCAACAAAGAUUCAGAUAUGGCAAAUGGUUUAUUAUCAGCAGAAUUAGCUGCUACCUGUAAUGCCUUAGGUUAUUACGAUGGACAAAAAUAUCAUCUUGAACCCCACAGCAAAGAGACAAUCAAAGAUGUAAUUAGGUAUUUACGAAGAGAUGAAGAUUCUCAUGACAUUAGGAGGUUCUUGGGCAAUACUAAAUUAUUGAAGACUGAUUUGCUUCCAAUUUUGGAAUGUCACACUAAAGAUAAUGAUCUUUUCGAUGUUGUGCUAAGACUUGUUGUUAAUUUAACUACUCCAGCAUUGAUAAUUUAUAAUGAAGUGGUCCCUACUGACAAAAAUGAUUUGAAUCAAUAUCUUCAACUUGUCUCACAUUUGCAAGUAUACAAAGAAGCAUUUAGUGAUCAGAAGAUAUGGUCAGUGUUAACUGAACGUUUAAGUACGCUGCUUGGUAAGGAUUCAGAAAAUAGAGAUGAAGAUGACCAGAGAAAUAUUGAAAGAAUACUUAUCUUGGUGAGAAAUGUUUUACAUGUUCCUGCGAAUGCUUCUUCUGACUGGAGACCUGAUAAUGAUGCCAGUUUACAUGACCAGGUAAUUUGGGCACUUCAUCAGUCUGGUAUGCUCGACUUGCUCCUUUACAUGGCCAGCUCAUCGCAGGAAGCAGCCUUUUUUAUGCACUUACUUGAGAUUAUCUGUCUUAUAGUUCGAGAACAACCAGCUUCAUUACUAGCUGAAACUGCAUCUCAAAGAAGUAUUGAUGAAAAGCAUCGAGAUGAACAAGAAUUAUUAAAUAUUCGUAUAAAGGAGCAAAAAAUGAAACAAUAUAAAGCAAAGAAGCAUUUUGGAACCAGGCAUUCAAAUUUCGGAGGAACUUUUGUAAUCAAAAACAUGAAGUCUACAAGUGACGAUAAAGAUGUGAUCUAUCACAAACCUCUCAGUAAAGUAAAUAGCUUCACCUUGGAUGCGGGGAAGAAACCGAAAAAAAUUCCUAAGAAUCGUUUACCAUUAAAAUGUGAGAGUGCCGAGAGAAGAUCAGCCCUGAGCGUGCGUUUAAUUUUAAAGCAGUUCUGUGUUGAAAUAUUAAAUGCCGCUUAUAAUCCACUGAUGAGACAUGUCAAGGAUUGUUUAGUCCGAGGAAAGAGUCAAAAUAAUGAUGAAUCAUAUUAUUUCACUGCCUUAAAAUUUUUUAUGGAAUUUAAUCGUAAAUAUAAGUUUCAAGUGAAAUUAGUCAGUGAAACAAUGUCUGUUGAGACUUUUUAUUUCGUUCAGAAAUAUUUAGAAACUUGGCAUGAAAUGAUGGUUACUGAUAAAAAGAAGAUACCUCUCUGGUCUACUAGGAUGCAUAUCGCUUUGAAAGCUUAUAAAGAGUUGUUACAAAACUUAAUUUCAAUGGAUAGUAGUCCCGAAGAAGCUGUUAGAGAAUCUUCCAAAGUUAUAAAAAGUAAUGUUUUUUACGUAGUAGAGUAUAGAGAAAUGUUAUUGACUCUGAUAAACACUUACAAGAAAACAAAAUACUCCCACCAAUAUUUGAUUGAUUUGUUGGAAACAAUCCACAUAUUUUUAAAACUUUUAAGCAACUUCUGCCAAAAUAAGAAAAUUAUUGUUCAAAAACAAUUAACGAGCAGGAGAAAAAAGCCUAAGAAAAACAAAAAACCAAAAGAGCCGACACCAGCGAAUGAUGAAUUAUGGCCACUUUUAGAAUCGAAACUGGAAAAAGUGUUAUCCUCCCCGAUAACCAAAGAAGUUAUUCCUUUUGAUGCAACUUCGGAUAAAAGCAUAGAGGAACAGAAAGUUGAUGCAAUGAAGCGUGUGCAAGUACUUCUCAAAUCAGGCGAUUGUGAAGAAGCUGUGGCUCUAAUGAAAGCUUCAAGAGAAGUUUGGCCUGAAAAUGACUGCUUUGGGGGUAAUAAUAUGUCACCAGAAGAAGAAAUGAACUGCUUCAAGGAAGUUUUCCUAGCAGACUUGGACGUUACAGGUGUAAAAGUAAUAGAGGUUGAAGAAAGUGAGGAAGAAGAUGUAACUGAUGAAGAGACAGAAAGUUGUUAUCAACCUAUUGCUGAACAAAGCUUUGAUGUUCAUGACUUAGUCAAAAGGUUUGCUUCGCCUAAAGUAAUGAGUGUUUGUAUCACUUUGUUAUCAACUUUUGAAAAAAAUUCAGCAUUCACAAAUCAUUGUAUUACAAAAAUGUUGCAUCGAAUAGCCUGGGAUUGCAAACUUCCAUCUAUGUUAUUUCAGGCUUCGCUAUUUAGAAAAUUUCAACAAAUUAUGGAAUCUAUGGACCCGAGUCAUAAAGAACUUGUGAGGUUGGCUAAAUACAUAAUGCAGAAAUUCGCAGAAGUUGCAGCAACAAACAAAAAACUUUUGUUAGAGCUUUUGUUUUUUAAAACUCCUAAAGAUGCUUAUGAAAUCGAAUGUGGUUAUGGCUCCUUUCAAGAGAAGUCUAAAUCAGCUGCUUUGGUUUGGGAAGAACAUGAGGAAGAUGAACUAAGAAGGUUGCAUGAUGAAUAUAACAGAACUAAACCUUCAGAAAGUUUCCUUGAUUGGAUAAUGGAUAAUAUAAUAAAUAAAAACCGCAGUAAAAGAAGUGUUAAGAAGAAGUUGAAGGAAUUAGACUUGCUAAUUGAAGAAAAGUCAAAAGACUGGACUGAAGAGCAGAUGGAGGAAUUAAAACAAUUGUAUGAAGAAUUUAAAGAUUCAGAAGAUCCACUUUCUGAAAUCAGUGAGAAAUUGACAUUACCAAGAUCGAGAAGAAACAUAGCUACCACCCUUGUGAAAAUGGGUUGUGUUGACUCUACCAAAGCUCUUAGGAAAAAGAGGAAAAAGUUGGGAUCAGGAAGAAAAAGUAGGAAAGAAGAGGAGUCAGAAUCGGACAUUUCAUCUUCUGAAGAUGAAGAUGUGCGUGAUCCUGAAUCCAGGGAUGAGAUGAGAGCUAAAGAAUCGAUACCUGAAUUAAUUGAUACUUUCUCACAUCUCUUUGAUCAAAAGGAAGUUGAUACUUAUCUGCAAGAAGGGUUGCAAUGGGUAAAAGAAUGCAUGGAGGAGUGCGUCGAAGACAUGGAUGAUGAACCUACUGAAGUUCCACUUCUACCUUUGUCCAAUGAGGCUAUAUUGUCAGUUGAAAAUAAACAAUUUCAACAAUUUUUAUUAUCUUUGGGGAUAUUUAGGCCAUUGGCACAAGAAAUGUACUGGAGAUUCCCUUCCAAUUGGAAAGAUACAGAUUUCAGAAAUAGGCAGAACCUUAUAAAUUUAUUGAUUGAAAACAAAACUGUUGAAGAAUGUUUUGAAGUAGCUACAAAAAUAAUAAAGGAGAUCACUGGUAAGAAUUUUGACGAUAAACAAAACAUAUCCAAUCUUUAUAAUGAACAAUCUCCGUCAAAAGAAAUUCCAGACAUAGAAGCGGAUAACGAUGAGCACCUAUCAACUAAGAAAAAAAAUAAAAUUAAUAAGGAAAAACCUUCGAAGGAUAAACGAACAAAAAAGAAAGCUGGUUGGAUGAAUUCAAGAAUGUUCAGGGAUAGUGAUUCUGAAAAUGAACCAGAAUCUAAAGGUGUUACCAAAUCAGAAUUCAGUGAUGAAAAAGAAAUGGAUAAAAUAAAAAAAUUGCCUGAUGAUUCUGACGAUGAAAUGCAAAUGCAAGAAAGUUUAAAGGUUAAAAAAUCUAAGGAUAAAAAAGCAAAAAAUAAAUCACAUUCCUCUAGUAGGAAAAAUGCGAGGAUUUUGAAGGAUUCAGAUUCUGAAAGUGAAGCUGUUACUGAACCAACAUCCAGUUCUGGAAAAGAAGAGGGUAGCAAGAAUGAAGUAUCUGAUAUGUCUGAUGAUGAAAAGGAAAAUCAUGAGAUUUCAAAGAGAAAACAGUAUUUUAAGGAUAAAAUUACAAAAAACAAAUCUCCAUCCACAGGUCGUAAAAAUUCCAGGAUUUUGAAAGAUACAGAUUCCGAAAAUGAAUCGGAAUCUGAAGUUGUCAUUGAACCAGAUUUUGGUGCUGAAAAAGAAGAGGGCGACACUAAUAAAGUAUCUGAUGAUGAAAAGGAAAAUCGUAAAACUUCAAAGAGGAAAAAUUCUAGGAUUUUGAAGGAUACAGAUUCCGAGAACGAAUCGGAAUCUGAAGCUGUUAUUGUACCAACUUUUAACACUGAAAAAGAAACGAAAGAGAUACGAAAAUUAAAUGAUACGUCCGAUGACGAAAUGCAAAAUAAUACAGAAGAAGUCAUUUCAAGAGGUGAAUCACCUUUUGGAACAGGAACCCCAAAUCCAGAAUCUGAGUCUCUACCGAACAAACGGACAAGAACAUUGGACAGCGAUUCAGAAGACGAGUUAGCUCAUCUUGGAAAGAAAAGGAAGCAUGUUUUCAUUUCAGAUGAUGAGGAUUAGUUCAUUGUAACUGUUAUAGUUCAUUGUAAUUGUUAUAGUUCAUUGUAAUUGUUAUAGUUCAUUGUAACUGUUAUAGUUCAUUGUAACUGUUAUAGUUCAUUGUAACUGUUAUAGUUCAUUGUACCUGUUAUAGUGUCAUUGUAAUUGUUACGUUCUCAUUGUAAAUAUUUCUGUUUAUAUUAAUGUUAAUGUAACAGCAGUUAGUUUUAUAAUAUUCUAAUAUUGUAUUAUUCAAAUUAUGGGUAUACAUUUUUAAAUAUGUUUUGACAAAGUGAAGUUUCCUUGUCAUUUUAGACUGUUUUAUUUCAAUAUUUAUAGAUAAUAUUUUUAUAAAGUUUUAAGAAAGUAAAUAAUUUGUUUUGUUAAAUAUAUAUGGGAUUACAUUCUGUUUAAAAUAAAUAAAAAAU